GAGAGUUGUCCUGAAUUCGCUGAGUUUGUUAGUAUCUCAAAGGAAGGCUGUAUUGAACCUUUGUGAUGCUGUUCCCCUGAUUGUCCAUUGUUUCUUUAGCCUCAGUUUCAUCUUUGUCACAAUUAGGUGGUGAUCUGAAGCUAUGUCAGCUCCUUUCCGGGUUCUAACGUCUGCCAUUGACCUGAAUAUCUUACUGAUGCAAGUGUGAUCUACCCGGUCCCCCGUGGUGUGGUCCGAUGAGACCCAUGUAACUCUGUGUAUGUGUUUGUGGGGGAAUAUUUUGCCGCCUAUAACGAUUUUGUUGAACGCACAUAAAUUUUAAAAUCUGUCACCAUUUUCAUUUCUUUCUCCCCGUCAGUUCAUGUCGUCCCAUGAUAUCUUCAUAACCGGUGUUAUCCGUUCCGACUUUGGCACCCGACAACCUAGUCAGCACCUGUUAAUUAAUGUCUUACUAAUGGUGUAUUGGCCACUGAAUCUGUUUUUGAAAGAUACUGUAGUCUUUUCAAGUUUAAACAGCUGCUGCAAAAUUAUCCGACUGCAUUUGUCCGUUACUGUGUAAGGAUUUAUAAUGCUUUUUUCGUCUACAUAAACCAGGAGCAUUUAAGUUGCAAUAUUUAGUAUCUUUUGAAAGGAUUUCACUUUUGAUAUAUCUACCGUCUUCAUCCAUUCUAGGAAAGACGAUAUUCAACGACACCAAAGCGUUUAGAGGUGACGACUAUACGUAUUAUCAUUUGAAUUUUGAUUGCCGUGUAAAACAAUAGCUUUUUGAUUGAACUUUUUCAGAAGAUAUUCCUUGACAAAAUCAAACAAGCAACUAUUUAGUCAAUCGUCCAGCUUUGCAUUAAUAUUUCUUAUAUCAUUACACAACGUUCAAGAUUAGUAAUGAAUGAUCAACAGUCUGUUGGUGGAAAAUUAUCCCAAUCCGUGCACUUUAGUGAUGGUGUUUUCGAUCUCACUGAUGAACACAAUGAAGAGUGCUCGGACUCAUCUAAGUCUAACAAUAUUCUGUUGCGUGUUAUUGAUUGGUGUGGGGAAAAGUUGGCAUGGAGUUUUGGCAUUUCCUCACCGAAAUAUUAUUAUAUAAUUGAAAAUGCCAAAAUGAGAGCGUCAGAAAGAGAUUUCAUUGACUUGGGUGAUAUGGAUGAUCCACAUGUCGCCAUUCUUCAGUGUUCGGUGCCAAAUAAAAACUAUACUCAUCCAUCAGUUCUUUCAUCUGGCUAA